AUGCCAAUUGGCCUUCAUAAUCCACUAACAAGCAAGAAAAAGUCAAAGUCGCCCUCGCCCUCGCCUGUUACGGCGAGGAACGGCAGCAGUGGUGAUCCUGUUGAUGUUGAACAAAAAAACAGGGAGGCCAGAGCAAACCAGACUGAGAUAAAGGGGCCCUACGAUGGUGCUGCUCCUGAUGACGAGAAUGAAAAGGAGAACAAGGAACAAGAAAGUGAAGAACGCCCACUGGAUAAGAAACCUUCGUUCCCAUGGAGAAAGAUUGGUGGAUGGGAUUCCGACGACACUUCUGAAGAUAAGAAGGAUGCCUUGAAUACUGUCAAGGCCGUGGAAAACUACGUCAUGGACCAUUUGUACUCUGAUUGGUACUAUAACACCGUCAUGAUCUUGGGUAUCUCUUUCUUCUCGUGGUUCUUCGCCUACUGGGGUUUCAGUAUCUUGAUGCUUGGUGUUAUUCUUUUGGCUGCUGCGUCUGUUUACCGUGCUGAGUUCCGUCGUUUCAACAGAGACAUUCGUGAUGAUAUGGCACGUAUUGACGCCCGCAAUCGUUUGGAAAACGAAGAAGAAACUAUGGAAUGGAUGAAUCUGUUUUUGUCUAAGUUUUGGGUCAUUUACAUGCCUGCCUUGUCUGAAAUGGUCUUGUACCAGGCCAAUGAGAUUCUUAAGGAUCAGGCCCCUGGUUUUGGUAUUGAGGCUGUUUCCUUGGACGAAUUCACCUUGGGUUCUAAAGCCCCAAGAGUCGACUCGAUCAAGUCUUACACCAGAAAGGGUAGGGACCACAUUGAAAUGGACUGGGCUUUCUCCUUUGCUCCUAACGAUACCGAUGAUAUGACUAAGAACGAGAUCAAGAAGAAGAUCAACCCAAAGGUCGCUUUGGGUGUUACCAUUGGUAAGGCUUUCAUCACCAAGUCUCUUCCAAUCUUGGUCGAAGACAUGUCUUUCACUGGUAGAAUGAAGAUCAAAUUGAAGUUGAGUGACAAUUUCCCCCAUGUGAAGAUAUUGUCUGUGCAAUUCCUCGAACCCCCUACUAUUGACUACGCCUUGAAGCCUGUUGGUGGUGAUACCUUGGGUCUUGACAUUAUGUCUUUCAUCCCUGGUUUGUCCACUUUCGUUAACAACAUCAUCCACUCUACCAUGAGACCAAUGUUGUACGCUCCUAACUCGCUUGAUAUUGACGUUGAGGAAAUCAUGUCCCAACAAUCGAAUGAUUCCAUUGGUUUACUUACUGUGAACAUCAAACGUGUUUUUGACAUUAAGAGUAAUGAUCUUUCUGGCAAAGAAUGUAACCCAUAUGUUCAAUUGACUGUAUCCGGUGGCCCUGACAUUGACGAACGUACCAAGGUUAAGAAGGACACCAGAAAUGCAGUGUUCUUGGAGACGAAGCAUUUGCUUAUCAAUAGCUUGGAAGGAAACCUAUUGACUUUUAACGUGUUCUCAUACGUUCCAUCGAAGCCUGAAGAUAUUUCUAUCGGUAGGGUUGACUUUAACAUGGCUGAUUUGUUGCAAGAUGCUGAACUCAAAGACCAGACAAAGAACAUUACUGAUGGUGGCAGAAUUGUUGGUAAGAUCAAUUUUGACCUUAAGUGGAGCCACGUAUUGGAGAACUUUGUUUUGGAAGAUGGCUCGAAGGAAGAGAACAUUGAUUGCGAGAUUGGUAUCAUGAAGUUCUCCCUUCACGGCGCCUACGACUUGGAUAUCUCCAAAUCGGUUGUUGGAUUAUUGAAUCCUUAUGCUGAGGUUUACGUGAACGACGACUAUGUGGAUACGACCAGAAAGUUGAGACAAAUUAAUGAACCAUCUUGGGGUCUCACAUUCGAGUCUCUUAUCACUCAACAAUCGCAAACUCGUAUUCAAAUUAUUGUGAAGGACUCCGUCGAGGACCAGACUGUGGCUAGAUUGGACACUAACUUGCAAGACUUAAUUUUCGAAUCAUCGAGAGGCCAGCUGUGGAUCUCUGCUCCUCCAAUGAGACAUGGUGGUCCAUCUACCAAGUUUAAGAUUGCUGUCAAAUGGUCCGCUUUGCCAUUGGGCGACGAAUCCAUUCUGUUCUUCGAAGAACCAGCCAUUGGUGGUUUCAGAUUACAGAUCAGAAAUGCCAAGGGUUUGGUUAAUCUCGAAGAAGUUGGUGAUGUUGACCCUUACGUCAGAGUUUCACAAAACGGUAAGCCAAAGGGUAGAACAGCGACGAUUGCCAACACACUGGACCCUCAUUGGAACCAAGUAUUCUUCCUUCCUGUUGCAAAUCCUUUCCAGCAUGUUUUGCUCGAAAUUUUCGAUGCCGAGUCUGAGGGUAAGGAUAGACCAUUGGGUUCUUGUGCUGUCACGGUCGAUGAUUUCUUGAAGAAGAAUAAAGAUGGUUACUUCCUUGCUUAUGAUGGCUCCGAGGAGAUUAUCGAGCAGCCUGUCUUGUACGGUGACGAAACUCAUGGUACCUUGUACUACUCUGUGGCAUUCGUUCCAACAUUGCCCGUCUACACAAUUUCUCAGUUGGAUCACAUGGAAGAAUUCUUAGAAAUUAAGAGAAAGAAACAGGAAGCAGAGAAGAAGAAGAUGGAAGAUGAUCAGAAAGAGUACGAGGAGAACCCUGACAUGUACGAAUGGAUUGAAAUGCAAGAUGACACUCUUCCAGAGCCUGAGAAGAUUGAAUUGCCAUUGGAAAAGGCAGUUAAGUAUAGAACUGGUGUGUUGAUGCUCCACAUUCUCGAGGGUAACUUCAAGCAAUCCGGCUGUUUAGUCCAUACUUUGUUCGAUGAUCAUGCUUUCUCUUCGAGUAUCAGUCACAGAGCCGAGGGAAAGGUUUUGGAAUCACCAAUCAACGUUGAUGCUUUCAUCAGAGAUUUGCCAAACUCCCUUACGAUCUUCAGAAUAGCUAAGAAGUACGUGGUGGAGAAUAAGAAGGAUAUCAUCGCCGAGAAGAGAUUUGACACCAUUGAGCUCUUCAAGCAUGCGAACAAGCACCCUAUGACGAUCAAAAUCGACGAAAAGAACACCUUGAAGAUUCGUGCAGAAUUCAUCCCAUCUGCUGUCAAAUUGGCGCCAUUGGACACUGUUUUGGAUGUUGGUAUUGUCAAGCUCGAAGUCUUGGGUGCCGAAGGAUUGAUGUCUGUCGACAGUAACGGUAAGUCAGAUCCGUUGUGUGUCAUUAAGUUGGAGGGUGUUGAGAUUUUCAGAACCGAUAAGAAGAGAAGAACUUUGGACCCAGUAUGGAACGAGGCCUUUGAAUUCCCUAUUCUUUCAAGAUCUAGACAGCCACUUAUGUUGGAGGUCUACGAUUGGGACUUGACAAACGACGAUGAAUUAUUGGGUACUGCUGUCAUUGACGUUGCAGCUAUCGAACCUAAUGAUUUUACCCAAUUCAAGGUCCAACUUGACACCCAGGGUAUCAUCAAUUUGAGAUUGACGUUCAAGCCUCAAUACGUGAGACCACCUCUCGGUAACAAGUCUGGCUUGCCAAUCGAUUUGAGUGAUGUUAAGGGCGUUCCAUUGAAACUUGUCGGAGGUGUUGCAGGCCUUGCAACUAACACCGUUGGCAGUGGUGUGGGACUUGUUUCUGACAACCUUAGUAAGGGUGGAAGCUUCCUUAAGGGCUUGGGUAAGAGCAAGAAGAGGAGCGGCGAGAUUGACGAACGCUCCCAGAAUGGUGGUGCUGAAAGUAUGCGUGGUCCUCGUAGCGAACGUGGAGCACCAAGUGAACGUGGAGCACCAAGUGAACGUGGAGCACCAAGUGAAUAUGGAGCACCCAGCGAACGUGAAGCAAAGGACGAAGAAGAAUUGGACGAGGAAGACGAAGAUGAAGAGGAAGGAAACGAGUUACUCGGCGGUGAAGUCUCAGGCGGUUCAGACGAAGAGGAAGAGGAUCCAGACAAACAGAAGAACACACAAGGUGCACCUGGAGAGGAUGAACAGUUGGAGAAUGCCAGACCACCUUCUGUUGAAGGCGCCCGUCCUAACCUUGAUCCAAACCUCUUGCCUCCUCCACAGCGUCCUGGCGACUUUGAGAGUCAUCACCAGAGAACUACUAGUGAGGCUACAGACAUAAGCACGAUGAACUCUUCUGCCAUGGGCCCUAACGGCAUCCCAGGUAGAGUGAACAUUGUGGCUGCCCAGGGAUUCGGUGUUUCCGCAUUGGACGUCAAGGUCAACUUGACAACACCAGUCAAAACCAAGGAUAUCUACAAGACCAGAUCAGCCAGGGGCAGCCUGAAUCACUACAAGUGGAAUGAGACCUUCACUUUCAAGUCGCCACCUGAUGGUAACAUGUCUUUUAUCGUGAGAGAGCACAAGACUUUUGGCAGAAGCCAGGUUCUCGGAAGCGCCGAGCUUGUUCUUUCAGACCAUUUGGACAACAACGACUCACUCACGCUUCCUAUUGGAGACGGAAGCUUGACGAUUUUCUUGUCUUACUUCUCCAACAACUAA